AUGCCGUGUACGACUGCUGUAGGAUUCACACUUGCCUUUUGGUUACUCAUUGCUUUGAAUGGGCGUGCAGCUGGUGGGCAGCAUCUGCAACGCUUGAGCCGCUCGCUGCUGUUUCCAGCGACGGCGCCAACGCGUGUGCAGUUCAUUGGCGGCAUUGGCAUACCAGUGGAGGACUUGGCCUUUGAGUCUGUCACCUCGGGCUAUGUUCUCAAAACGGAGCACUUUUUACCCACGGAGGCGUACGAGCUGACGCACGUUUAUCUCAAGCCACAAAUCAUCACAGACAGAGAGCACCAUCAGCCGUAUAAUUUGGCCGCCAUGUACCGCUGGGUCAUCUAUCGCGGCAUUGAAAUGGCGCUGGAGAACAUGCAGCUGCCGGGACGCAGUUGCCUGCUGCGUGUCAUUUGCGAGCAUGCGGUGUUGCCGUUGAGUCAUGAGAGCGGCCUUUUGGGCGAGCUGAUGCACAUUAUACUAACGCCAUCCAGUUCCACGGAUCAGCUGGCCUUGCAGACGGAUAAGGAGUAUCUGGUGGCUGAGCGUUUUGGCAAACGCGGUGGCAAUUGCGAGGCAGCCUAUGCGCGCAAGUGCCGCAGCUCUCCCAUGGAGCUCAUAAGCAUAUUGCUGCAAGUUUCAGCUUAAGUAA